CCGAGGUGCCGAGAGGUGGGCCCCGGCUUCCCCGCCUCUCUCCUCUGGGCCUGGCGGCGCCGGGGGCGCAGGUAAGGCCAAGCGCGGCAGGCGCUCCGGACGGUCCGCGCCUUGCAUGCAUUACUUGCUGCGGCCCAAGACCAGGUUGGGGUGCCCUGCAGACCCCCGGCCCAGGUACGCGACCCAACUAGCGGAACGCCGGCAGCGCGGAUUACGCAUCCUCGCAGCUGAAGUUGUUCCCCACCCCGUUCCCCGCCCAGGAGGAGUUCCCUCAGGAAGACUCGUGCCCAGCCCGCUGCUACCUCUCCUCGGUGGCCGGGCACUUCCCAUCGUCCACAGCGAGUGCUAUGGCAACGGUUUGGUCCUGCCCAUCCCCCCGCUGAGACCGCAGGCGUGGUCCCGGGAGACCCGCCCGCUCUCUCGCGUCUUCUGUCUCGCAGGCCACGGGCCCAUGGCUGCCUCUGCCGCAGACGCGUCGCACAGGCGGCGGGAGAAGCGGCGGCAGCUGGACGCGCGCCGCAGCAAGUGUCGCAUCCGCCUGGGCGGCCACAUGGAACAGUGGUGCCUCCUCAAGGAGCGGCUGGGAUUCUCCCUGCACUCGCAGCUCGCCAAGUUCCUGCUUGACCGGUACACUUCUUCAGGCUGUGUGCUCUGUGCAGGUCCCAAGCCUUUGCCCCCCAAGGGUCUGCAAUAUCUGGUUCUCCUAUCUCAUGCCCACAGCCAAGAGUGCAGCCUGGUGCCUGGGUUGCGGGGGCCUGGGGGCCGAGAUGGUGGGCUUGUGUGGGAGUGUUCAGCGGGCCACACCUUCUCCUGGGGCCCCUCUUCAGGCCCCACACCUCCAGCGGAGUCCAAGCCAGCCCUCCUUCCAAGUACUUCCCAGAGAACCUGGUACCCAGAGGCCAGGGGUGGGCAGGAGCCUGCAGGUAGUCCCAUGAAUUCAGACCUUAGAGUCCACCUGCUCUCAUCCCUCCAGCCCAAAGUUUCUUCCACUUUGACCCCACCUGUGCCAACAGGUUUGGAAUCUGAGCAUGAGAAGAGGACUCAGGAAGUGAGGGUGCUCAGGGGAAUGCGACCCCCACCAGAGUUCUUUCUGCCUCCAGGAGAAGACAAGGGGGGUGAUGAAGAUGAGAGUGAAGAGGAGAUGCUCAGUGAUGCCAGCCCAUGGACCUAUAGCUCUUCCUCAGACAACUGUGAGCCAGAUGGCCCCAGACUGCCUCCUUCUCCUGGUACCCAUGCACUUAAGGAGGGAGAGAUAGCCCUGGCCCCUGUAGCUGCCCCCACUUCUCUGGCUGGGCCACCCUCAUCAGCACCUGCAGUGAGUCCUGGAGAUUCUCUGUCUGUGGAAGGUGGGGUAGAACUGGAGCUCAAUCGAACCCCUCAAGCGGCCCAGCAAUCUAAACCCCUGGCCAGCCCUGGGAGUCAGGCCCAGUCUUCUCUGGUUGUAGCCUGGGACAAGGACAGUGCACAGAUCGGCCCCAAGAGAAUUCGGAAAGCUGCCAAAAAGGAGCUGCUGCCUUGUGACUUCCCUGGCUGUGGAAGGAUCUUCUCCAACCGGCAAUAUUUGAAUCACCACAAGAAGUACCAGCACAUCCAUCAGAAGUCCUUCUCCUGCCCAGAGCCAGCCUGCGGAAAGUCCUUCAACUUCAAGAAACACCUGAAGGAACAUGUGAAGCUGCACAGUGACACUCGGGACUACAUCUGUGAAUUCUGCGCCCAGUCUUUCCGCACCAGCAGCAACCUGGUCAUCCAUCAGCGUAUCCACACUGGAGAGAAACCCCUGCAGUGUGAAAUCUGCGGGUUCACUUGCCGCCAGAAGGCCUCCCUGAACUGGCACCGGCGCAAACACGCAGAGACAGCAGCCACCCUGCGCUUCCCCUGUGAGGUCUGCGGCAAGCGCUUUGAGAAACCAGACAGCGUUGCAGCUCACUGCAGUAAAAGCCACCCGGCUGUGCUCCUGGCCACAUCAGAGCAACUUGGCCAGGUGGAGCCCUGUCCUAGCAUCUCUGUCCCUACACUCCUGGGGUCCAGGGAUGAGUGCAGCCCCCCUCAGGUUCUGCAGGCUCUGACCCUGAUUCCUAAGCAGUGACCACAGGGACUGAAGAGAAGAAAGGCCAGACACCUGGUCCCUGGGAACUAGGGAAGAAGGGCAGGACUGGAUUCCAGCACAGCCAGACUGUGCUGGAAUAGGACAGAAUAAACCCAGUGUUUUUACAUGGA